AUGAAGUAAACAAAUUAUCAUAAUACGACAACUGGCCUGAGUUUCUGUUAAGCUUGUUAAAAUGAAACUGGUACCUCAGUUCUGGCCCAGAGUGUGGCAUUUUCAGCUUAAGAAUCGCGGUUUGCAUGUUCCACCAGUCGAAGUGAAAAGAUUGAAUGACCAAUUGAGAGACAAACUUGAGCACUCCACAGAGUUGAUAAAACGGGCAAUAAGUCUAUAUAAGCCAGAUGAGAUUAUGCUGUGCUUCAAUGGCGGCAAGGACUGCACGGUCUUGCUGGAUAUUUUAGCCAAAAUGAAGCCACCAUCGAUGCCACUGCGAGCGGUGUAUGUAAAGUCCGCGGAUCCCUUCGAGGAGCUGGAGAAGUUCGUCGAUGACUGUGCUCAGCGAUAUGGACUACAAAUGCGCCGCUACGAGGGAGUCCUCAAGCUGGCCUUCGAGCAGUUGGUGGCCGAGGAUCCUCAGGUGCGGGCCAUGUUCCUCGGCUGCCGUCGCAGCGAUCCUGGGGGUUGCAAACUCCACGAGAUGCUUCCCUGCGACAACGGAUGGCCAGCGAUGAUGCGGAUCUUCCCACUGCUCGAAUGGAGCUACCACGACAUCUGGAGUUAUUUGCGGUCCAAUAACCUGCCCUACUGCUGCCUCUACGACCAGGGAUAUACAUCUCUGGGGGAUCGCAGUUCAACGCACCUGAAUCCCAGUCUGCUGGUCUACAAUGAGCAGCUGGGCAAGAUGACCUACCGCGCGGCCUACGAGCUGGAGGACAUCCGCCUGGAGCGGGCCAACAGGGAUGAGCAGGGUCAGGCCACUGUGGGCGAGUCCAAGCAAUAAUCAUCCGCCAAAGUCCAGGUCAAGCUCAAAGUUUCUUGCUGUGCUCUUGACUUGCUUUCUUCUCUUUUUACCCCCACCCAAUGUGAGCCAAAGUGGAGCAGCAAGUGUCAGCUAACUGGGCCGACAAUUCGUUGUUAAGACCCCAUUUCAGUUGCCCGCAUUUCGCUUAUCAGACAAUUUCAAAAACUUCCACAAGCCGGCCUAGCUUGUUAUAAAAGUUAACUUGAGUAUAAGAGAAAAAAUUGUGAAAGUUUCAGAAAAAAGGUGAAUUUGGCGAAAGCUAUUCGUACCAAAAGCUCAGGAACCAUGUUGUUUUUAAUUCUGUGAUAAGUAUCUUUAUAUUUUUAAAAUCUAACAACUUAUGAAUAAAUAAGUUAUUUUAUGUCUUAUUAUUAA